AAUACAAGUCCGAUACUUAAAUUUCCUUGUAUGACCGACUAGCAUUUCACGUAGAUUGUUUUGCAUGAAGGAUUAUUUUAUCACCUUGAAUGAUGAGCUAUGGGUUUCUCCGUAGUUAAUUGUAUUUGUUUUAUAAUUGAGCUGUUCUUAUUGAAAGGGUACAAAGCAUCGCCGACAUUGACUGUGGAUGUAAAUGAUGUCUUCGUCAACAAUAGCAUAACGUUAACAUGUUCCACGUCAUUCCCGCCGAAAUCUGUUGUUUGGUGGAUGAAAGAAGGAUCAAAAGAUGAGGAAAAGGUCAUUGCUCAAUGGUUAGAUGCUGAUCAUCUGUGUCGUACUGACAACAAUGCUAUGGAUUGUUCCUGUUUAUCAAAAUACGUCUACUCGUGUUCUAUAAAGUCGGUGAAUUCAAGAAAUGACGGACAAAGCUGGCGCUGCAAAGCUUUCGAUGGAAUUGGCUUAAGCAUAAGCAAAAGCUACACAAUCAGAUUAAUAUUUCCACUUACUUCCUUAACCAUUCUACCAGAGACGUCAGUUGCUUACCCAGUUUUCAAUGUCGUAUCUACCUUUACAUGCAUCACUUCAUUAAGCCGGCCAGUGGCUAGUAUUCAAUGGUUCAACGACAACAUAAACAUAACACACCUUGCUUAUUAUUCGCACAUUGAUGACGUCGCAAGAAGUGAUUUACAAUUUAUACCAAACGCUAACGGGUACAUAGGUGGAAAUAUAUCCUGCGUUGCAAGUUAUGAGUUUAAAUCCAUUAGUAACGUUCUAUCAGCUAACAUAAGCAUUCGAGUACAGUACCCCGUUUCUAACCUAAUAGUGACUAUCAACAAUCUAAGUAUAUCAACUGAUUUUUCAAUACGAGAGGAUAGACUCGUUCAAUUGAAUUGUUUCUCCACCGGAUAUCCACAACCUUCGUAUAAUUGGACUUACUCGGGCGGACGAUUUACCGGUGCUGUUCUGAAUUGUACAUUCACUCGCAAUAACGGUAGCGUGUCAUGUAAGGCGUAUAAUGUUAUGCGCACAUUUGACGGUAUAAAUAGUGCAGAGGCUACAGAGAAGAAUAUCGCAUUAAAAAUAAACGUAUUGUAUCCACCAGUCAUUACAAAGUUAUCGAGCAAUGACAAGAGCAUAGAAAUCAAUAAUAGUACAAUACGAGUACAGAGAGGUGACAACAUCAACAUAGUCUGUACUAGUGACGCCAAUCCCCUGGCUACGGUAUUCUGGAAUGGACAACUGAUUGAUUCACCUACAUUAACCGUCAUAAGUGUGCAGCAUGAUGCUGUAUGGACUUGCCAAGCUACAAACACUAUGACUGAAUUUGAUGGAGUAAUAUCAACGUCUAAUGUAACAAGAAACGUAUCCGCGAGAGUAUUAUAUGGCCCUGGUGUUCCUACAAUCACGUACACAAUUCCUACAAACUCAGAUGCACUUUGGAAUGCGUUACAUGAUCCAAUUAAAGUCAUAGUUGGAAGUACCAUUAUCUUGAUGUGCUCCGUUGACAGUGUUCCGAACUCGACAUACACCUGGGAUACCGGACACAAAGGGAGUAUUUUAACGAUAGUGAAUGUAACGCGAACAACGAACACAAGGCACAUUUGCAUGGCAAAAAAUGUUAUGGAUACAUCAUUUAAAGGAAAUGUUAUUGGCAGUAACACUUCCUUCGCAAAUCUUGAUAUACUCUAUGGCCCUUCGACCAUAGCAUUGAUGUACAAUAACGUCACUCCAAUAAAGAAUGAAUUUAAAGUUAUUGAAGGAUGGUCGUUCAAAAUAUUAUGUUCGGCCAGCAGUAACCCAGCUCCUCGAUAUACUUGGUCUGGUCAUGUAGCACAACAAGGUGAUGCUCUGAUAAUAAUAAAUGUGAGAACUGACAUAGAGAGAAAUGUAACAUGUAAAGCAGAAAACACCAUGACAGAUAGUGGGGGAAAGAGUGUUGUCGGAACUACACUUGUAACCGUUUCAAUGGAAGUGUUAUACCCGCCUGAUGUUCAACGUCUCCAGAACCAAACAGUGCUACUGAACAAUUCUCUCACAGUUGUGUGCAAUUUGACUCGUGUUGGUAAUCCACCAGCCUCAAACUAUUCAUGGAUAAGGAAGGACAUUGGCAGAGUGAUUGGUACUGGAAAAACACUUAUAAUAAACAACAUUAGAUUGGCAGAUGAAGGGGAAUACCAGUGCAAUGCUUCGAACAGAAUGCAACCAAUAACUAAUGAAGUGCUAUACGGAUUAAGUCAGUCGACAGUCUAUAUAAAUGUUGAAUACGGAGCAUAUGUACGGGAAUUCAAAUCAAAUCAAUCACACAAUAGCAUCGCUGUUAACCAGGGUGAGACAGUAGAUCUGUUGUGUGUUGCAGAUGGUGAUCCCGAGCCUGUGCUUCGUGUAAUGAAUACUACCCGUGGAAAUGAAAGCAUCAUGGUUGAAAUAAAAGCACGUGAAGCUAAAUAUCGCAUUCAACAAGCACAAUGCGAAUAUGAUACUGGAAACUACACAUGCUUGGCUGACAAUCGUUAUAACGAAGGGAGACAGUUAUUUGCUCUUUUAGUUUACUGUGUACCGAGAGCAUCGCCAUUUUCUCUUCCAACUACAACAUUGUCAAGUGCACCGAACGACUCUGUGUUGUUCACAUUCACAAUAAUUGCAUAUCCUAAACCGACUUUACAAGAUGUAAUUUGGUACAAGCGAGAGAAUGAUAGUUGGAGGGUAUUAUCAGAUGACAACAACUUCCUGAUCACACUCUCUGUUGAUAGCAUGCAGACACAGCUAAAUAUAUUUCAUGUGCAACUUGAAGAUUAUAGCGACUACAUGGUGAACGUUUCUAACAAACUGGGUUCAACGAUGGAAGUGUUCACUUUAAAAGCGCAGUCUAAACCGGAAAUUCCGAAAGAAUCGCAAAUAAGCAGAAUAGGGAAAACGGAACUGAUCGUCGAAUGGAUUCCAGGUUUCAAUGGCGGGGAAACUCAAACAUUCACUAUAAGGUACAAAGUAUUAGGCGAUGGCAGCUGGAUUAUUAUUCCCAUAAACAUUUCGAAACAUAUAUGGACAAUCGAUGGGUUAGCGUCUGGGAUUACAUACCAAAUUCAAAUACGGGCUCAAAACAAAAUUGGAGAGUCGGAUUGGACUCAAGCAAUAAACAUAACGACGCUCGUCGAUGCAGUUGAUAAGGGAUCGACUUCAUCUGCUGUUGGGGGUUCGAUAGGUGGUGCUGCAGGAGUUGUAUUAAUCGUCGCCGUUAUAGUUGUUAUAUGGAGACACAGAAUAAAAGAAGUGCCAAAAUCUGAUUUGAAAAAAAUACUCACGAGAAGAUUACUAAAUCAAUCUAAUGGCGCAUACGAAAAUAUCGGUAUGGUAAAACCUCGUGAGGAAACAAAACAAACCAAAAAAGAAAUGGAAUCGUCUUGCUCCGUAAUUGAUGGUCCACGUUCAUGCAAAGUUGGAAAUAAAUUAGCACCGUGUCUUAGCGAAAACCAAAUACAUAGUUCGGACCAGCGGGCACGGAAAUUAGUACCGGUAUACGAAGAUAAACAAUCUGAGGAAAAUAGUUCACAAUUUACAGCUGGGAUCCAACGAAUUAUCAAACAUAAUACAGUCAUAUCAGACAUCUCUGGCUCGACUGUAGCGGCACCUUCUACUGAUACAUUUGCUACAGAAAAACAAGACUCAUAUUUAAUUGAGCAUGAUCCAAUAUACGACAACAUCUACAAGAAAAAGACUAAUUUUAAUAGUAGAACCAUCAGAAUUGAAAACUUACGAGAGAUUAUAACUCGAGAUAAGAACAAUAAAACAGAUGUUUUCACUGAAUUUAGCGCAUUGAGCGUCGCGAGUGAGACUAUAAAAGAAAGCACUAACGCAGCUAUUAAAACAGCCAAUACAUCGAAAAACAGAUACAGAAAUAUGUAUCCAUACGACAAAAAUCGGGUUAUUCUUUCUGUAAUCGGAAACGAUGUAGACACGGAUUUCAUCAAUGCAAGCUUCAUAGAUGGUUAUUCAUCUCCAAAGAAUUAUAUCGCUGCACAAGGACCAUUAGCCGACACGAUCGCGGAUUUUUGGAGAAUGGUUUGGGAAAAUAAUGUUCGAGUUGUGGUAAUGGUUACAAAUCUAGUAGAGGAUUCGAAGAGAAAAUGCAUCCAGUACUGGCCUAAAGACGCCGCCAAUAAUUGUCAGUAUGGAGACUCUACAAUACAUCUACUGUCUGAAGAUAUUCAUGCCGACUUUGUUGUUCGCACGUUGGAAUGCAAUCGGAAGGGUUCUUCAAAAACCAUUACUCAUCUUCACUUCACGGCGUGGCCUGACAAAGACGUCCCAGACACAGCCCUGUCGCUUUUGCAAUUCUGGCGGAAGGUUCGCAGCUUGAAGAGGCAUGAAGAAUCUCCAUGGAUUGUGCAUUGCAGUGCUGGUGUGGGCCGAACUGGCACAUUCAUCGCAUUAGACUAUCUUUACGACCAAGGGGUAUCGGAAAAACACAUAAACGUGUUUGACGCCGUGUUAUUACUUCGUGAACAAAGGAUCAACAUGGUUCAGACAAAGAACCAGUAUUUAUACCUCCACGAAGUAUUGUGUGAAGCGCUGUGCCCUGUUGGAGAAGUGGUGUACAACAAAACAUUUUUUAACAAAAAUUACACAACCAACUAUCUCAACGAAGAAUACAUGACAAUAUGCCGCUCUCACAUUGCUGAAAGCAAGGAUGAAACUGUAGAUGAUAUCUACAUGAGAGUUUUAGAUGGUGAAAAACCCGAAAACAUUGAUAAAAACAUCGACCCAUGUGUUAUUCCAGAUGACAAAUAUCGCCCAGUACUGAACAUGGCUGUAAACACGAGGGGGCAUACAGAUUACAUAAAUGCCGUGUAUCUAUCGACAUUUAAAGAAGGAGACAGAUUGAUACUGACGCAGUCAGCAAAUAUAAGCUCAGAUGUUGAUUUCGUACAGCUGCUGCACGACCACUAUGUUCGGACGGUUGUAACCAUAGGCGAUAAGAUGGAACCGUACUUACCAGAGAAUGAAAAAACUAUUGUGAUAGGUCCUUUCACCGCCUUAUCCAUAUCAUUUGAACAGAAGCAGCACUUCGAACAAUAUUUUGUGAGAUUCAAACAUAUCGGAGAGCAAGACGGCUUCGAUGUUCUCGUGUUUAGAUUCACAAACUGGUCACAGCAGCUUGAUUUGUGUCCGGCGAAUGAAUUGCUAAGUCUGCUAAACGAAGUUCAAAAACUCGCUGCCACAGACGGACCAGUCGUGAUUCAGUGCCAUGACGGGUACAGUCGCAGUGGUCUAGUGGCAGUGCUUUGGUGUCUAAUGGAGCGCAGUAAACAUGACGGGGAAGUGGCCGUUGCAGAAACAGUACGAUUAAUCAGGCGAAGGAGGCAGCAAGUCAUACGUAACGAGGAACAAUACCGUUUCUGCCAUGAAUUCAUGAAGAGCUUUGUCGAGGGGUGUGCAGUUUAUACAAAAACAUGAUGUGUUUAUGACAAAAACAAACCUUCCUGACAUUUAGGAAACGGAGGGGAAACUGAAAUAAGAUAAGGAACAAAUCGUGUUAUUGACAUAAAAAAAAACUCAGAUGAAGCAAUCCACAUAUCUUGCUUUGCUAAUUAUAUGUGUUUUAUACAUGUGCCUAAAUUAUCGGACCGUAAUGUAAACGGAUAUUGAAAUGUAGAAUAAAGUAUACUAUUAUUUACAUGUUAACAGCUAGAAUCUAUUUAUAAUAAACGGACGUGAAUAAGAGACCGUUAAUGCAAUAUUUUACAAUCAUUUUGUCUGUCAACAAUCACCUUUAAACGAAAGCAUUAAUAUGUAACGAUCGUUGGGGUUUCAUUUGUUUGUGAAAACUUGCAAUUGACAUAAGUCUAUUUAAAUGCUACAUAAAAAACGUUGAUGGCACGUUUACAUCACAUUGAUGUUUGAAUUGUAUCGAUGGAGAUGAUAACACACACACCGAACUGAUACUCGAAGAUAUUCACAAAUCUAUGUGAGUGGUCCACACAAUGUUGAGUUGUUUUUAAUUUUAAAGCCAUGUGGUCACUCGAAUAAAAGAAAAUCAUGGUUUUACACAGAUUUCCCUUUUGAUAUUGUUUCCGGUGUUUUAUUAUUCCUUAAUAUUAUAUUCAGCGUUUCUACAACAUGUUUUGCAACUUCACAUACGCAUAUCGUUAUAUACAUUGUUAAACAAUUAAUUUUCUGAUAUCCAAAGUUUCAUAUGUUGAUCAAAACUUUAUAGUGACAUGUACAUAGUUUGUAUUAGCAUGUUAUAUUAUAACUUGCAAUUGUAUUACUAUGUAUAUUGAUUGGUGCACAUUAAAUGUAUCACUUACGCUUCUCUAAAGAUUAUAACUUGCAAAUAAGGUUUAAUUUCUACGUGAAAUACCAAUGUUAAAUUUAGUUUAUGCGUGUUAGAAUGUUUAUUUGAUAUGUGCUAUUGUAAUGUUUACAUUACUUUCAAAGUGUGCGGGCGUCUCGUACAAGUAUAUUACAUCCAGGGCGAAGUAGUUCAGGAAAAUAUACGCAUGGCAGUAUUUGUAAAUGCCCUUGUCACACAUUUGUUACGUGUGUAAAUACAAUAUCUAUCCACACAGACGUCUACAAAUAACAUGCAUAUGGAAACCAGUCAUUGUGCUAUUUACGAAUCAAACAACUGGUAACCAUUAUUAUUGAUACAUGUAUUUUGUUAAUGGCAUAUGUAUUGGUUUGGGGUAAUAAAAUAGUCAUUAUAUAGCAUACUUAUAACUUAUUUGUCAUAUUUUUAAAUUUAUAUCAAAUUUGGAAAUUAACAACGCAUCAUACCACAAAUGUUUGUGAUUACUUUGAGAUCAUGAUAAUUUGUAAAGAACAAUGAAUAAUGCACGGAAGCC